UUCCCGCAAACCUCUGAAAUCCUCGCUUCUAUACCUUGCCAUGGAGCAUCAAUGCGCUCCUUGCGCAAGUCUUACUAUCAAGGCCUUGAUUGAGCUUGCCCAGGUCGAAUUCCAAGCUCACGCGUUUCCCAGAGAGGCAUUCUACCGACACCAUGAAUCAUUCGACGCGUUGGAAGAGGCAGCACGUGAUGGCUGCGGUCUAUGCCAACUCAUCCUUGAGUGCUUCAUACGUACGCCCUGUGAUGUCCCAGGGCCUUUGGAGUGGCCCAGAGGAUGGAAUGGCGACCUUUGCCCCCUUGAGGAAGGCCAGCAGCGUUCCAUGUACUCCAUCGCCAAGCAACUGCAGCCUUCAGACAUCAAGCUCUCCAUAAACGCCACGCACUUGUAUAGCUGGCAACUCAUUGAUAAGGCUCUGGUAUUUGACGAGAUCUUGGUGCAAGUUGGCGCCCCAUAUAUGGACGAUGAUGAUGGGCACGACAUAUGGGGCUGUCCAGUCCUCCGACUCCUACUUACUCUCAGAACAUCUGAAGAUACCAGUCCGCGCAUCGCCGGUUUCCGAAUCGGCCGUUUUGAGACUGAUGAGGAUCUUGGAUCUCGGCGGAACCAUAUGCUUGCGAGGCAAUGGUUGACGGACUGCCGCAACUCACACAAGAAUUGUCUACCAAGCCAAGAGCACGAGCUACCUACUAGAGUGAUCGACGUAGGAGAGAUUCUGGAUUCUAAGGACGUCCGUUUGAUCGUGACUAAGAGCGCGAAAGGCGACUACGUUGCUCUAAGUCAUUGCUGGGGUGGUUCAAUCUCCCCUACCUUGACGACCGAAACCUUGGGGCCGUUCCAGGAUUACAUCACCAUCACGACGUUGCCCCAGAAUUUCCAAGACGCAAUUGCGAUUACUCGACAUCUGGGUCUCCGAUUUCUUUGGAUAGACUGUCUCUGCAUUCAACAAGAUUCGAAGCCGGACUGGGAGAAUGAAUCCAAAAGAAUGGGGUUGGUUUACCGCAAUUCAACCGUCACAAUUUCUGCCAUGGUAUCAGCGGGAAGCAGAGAUGGAAUCCUGAGAUCGAGUCACACUGAUUCCCCAAAGAGUAAACGUGCCACGAUAAACAUCUCGAACCGUCAAUACAAUCAAGUAGUUACUGUCCGGCGAAAAGAUCCAAACGGAGAGGAUCUGCGCGGUCUCGAUAUUAACUGUGCGUUGCAAACGCGAGGCUGGACACUCCAGGAGUACAUGUUGUCGCCAAGGCAUAUCUUAUAUGGCCGAAGCAUGAUUUACUGGCGGUGCCCACAUCACUUCGUCUCACCAGAUGGCCUUCCCUUCGGUAACAGAUCACCGCAGUCCGUCUACAAAGACCUCUCGCAGGUCCUUCAUUCUGGGAUCCCCGCCUCUUCUCCUCCCGGACCCUCGGAAACAAAUGCCAUUCUAUGUGAUUACUAUGAAUUAGUCAACAAUUAUAGUCAAAGGAAGCUCACCUAUGGUUCUGACAAGCUGCCCGCCUUCUCGGGCAUUGCACAACGUCUGCAUCCAGUCAUUGGAGGAGACUACGUGGCGGGUCUCUGGACUUCAGACUUUCGACGCGGGCUCCUGUGGACCCACGAGGGAAAGUUCUGCCACCACGAGAGAGACAACUACCGCGCCCCUUCAUGGUCAUGGGCUGUGACUGACGAUAUUUUACUCUUCGAGGAAUCGAUAAUACUAGGACCAAGUCCUUCGAGCGCUCAACUCUUGGAGUACAUGGUUCACCCGAGGGUUCCCGAUAAUCCGUUCGGGGAGAUUUUGUUCGCGAAGCUCGUCCUCAAGGCUUUAACCAUGCCCUUAGUCCGUAGCCGCCAGACUAUUAGUACAUAUCAAGACACUGCCACCAUUGGACAUGCCGACUUCGACGAGCCAUCAGGGGCUGAGGACAUGGUCAAGAUGGGGCACCCAAGUCUCUUCAGUGUCAAAGCCGAAGAUCGGGCCUACGUCGUCUCUAUCGUCACUGGGCCGGGAAACGAGUCGGAUUGGGAACUAGAUACGGAUGUCUACUACCCCGAUAAGUACACGUUGAUGCUGGUUCAUACUGACGAUACCAGCGAAGAAGAACCUGGAUGGUCCAAGUCUGAGAUACUUUGCCUGAUCAUUCAACAAACAAUUAACAAAUCCGAGCAAACUUACGAACGAGCGGGAUUCGCCCGGAUAUAUAGGCCCAAGUUGUCGUGGCUCAAGACGUGGGAUUGGCAGGUUUUGACGCUGGUCUAGUUGAUUUGUUAUGGCUUUUAGUCGUGUAGCCCUACCUGUUUUGGUGUUCAUAGAGCACAUCCUUGAUCCAUCGCAUUCUAAGUUGAGCGCGUGUCAGUGAGGUAACAUCCAGACCGAAGUACAUAUAUCCAGUCAAGACAGGGCGCAUGAGUCGUGCAAACCCGAGCAAACGAAUCU